AUGUCCGGACCAGCCUCAUCCGUCAUGAGGCAGGCCUCACGAACCUGCGCUCGUCGCCUGUCCUCCGCCACCAAUACCAUGCUAUCAGCAUCACAUUCACGACCUACAUCCAUCGCCACCUCACGUUUCAUCAACCAUCGCAACUAUGUCUCGGAAUCGAAGCCUUCCUCAGCGCAAGUCACCGAUGUCCAGUCUGCCAUCAAGGCCGACCAGAAGAAGUUCAUGGAAGAGAGUGGCAAUCUCCCAUCGCAGGUGAAGAUGCCCGGUGCACAAAUGACUGCCGAUGCAAUGAUGAGUCCUCAGGCCGGUAUCCUCAAACAGGCCACUGUCAUGGAUCAGGGUAGCCGCCCGAUCUACCUCGACGCACAGGCAACUACCCCUGUGGAUCCCCGAGUGCUCGACGCAAUGCUUCCAUUCUUGACUGGCUUAUACGGCAAUCCUCAUUCGCGGACGCAUGCAUACGGCUGGGAAAGUGAGAAGGCCGUUGAAGAAGCCAGAGAACAUAUUGCAAAAUUAAUUGGAGCCGAUCCGAAGGAGAUCAUCUUCACGUCUGGUGCGACUGAGAGUAACAACAUGAGUAUCAAAGGUGUGGCCCGGUUCUUUGGUAGAUCGGGCAAAAAGAGACAUAUCAUCACGAGUCAGACCGAGCACAAAUGUGUUCUGGACAGUUGCCGACAUCUCCAAGACGAAGGCUUUGACGUGACUUACCUGCCAGUCCAAUCUAACGGCCUCAUUGACCUCAAACAGCUCGAGGCGGCUAUCAGGCCCGAUACUGCUCUGGUCAGUAUCAUGACCGUCAACAACGAGAUAGGAGUCAUCCAGCCCGUCAAGGAGAUCGGACAGAUGUGCCGGUCCAAGAAAAUCUACUUCCACACCGACGCGGCACAAGCAGUUGGCAAGAUUCCGAUCGAUGUGAACGAGUGGAAUGUGGAUUUGAUGUCAAUCUCCAGUCAUAAGAUCUACGGUCCAAAGGGUAUCGGUGCCUGCUAUGUCAGAAGACGACCUCGUGUCAGGCUCGACCCUAUCAUCAGUGGGGGUGGGCAAGAAAGGGGCCUUCGAAGUGGUACUCUCGCACCUUUCCUUGUCGUUGGCUUUGGCGAGGCUUGUCGUAUUGCGAAAGAAGAGAUGGAGUAUGAUUCCAAGCGGAUUCACGCCCUCUCCAAACGCCUGCUCGACGGCUUACUGGCCAUGGAGCAUACGUCUCAGAACGGCGAUCCAGAACGACACUAUCCUGGGUGCGUCAAUGUUUCGUUUGCCUAUGUUGAGGGAGAAUCUCUCUUGAUGGCUCUGAAGGAUAUUGCUCUGUCGUCGGGUAGUGCUUGCACUUCUGCAUCCCUGGAGCCAAGUUAUGUUCUACGAGCACUUGGCAACAGCGACGAGAGCGCGCAUAGUAGCAUCCGGUUCGGCAUUGGACGAUUCACCACCACCAGUGAAAUCGACUAUGUCUUGAACGCUGUGCGCGAGCGCGUAACUUUCUUGCGAGAGUUGAGCCCUCUUUGGGAACUGGUUCAGGAGGGCGUCGACUUGAACACGAUCGAAUGGAGCCAACACUAG